CCCCACGCCCUACUUCUCCUUCCUGCUCCUCCCCACCGAGCGCCUUUUAUCUCGUAGCGUCUGGGUGGCGGCGGCGCAGGGCAGCGGACCCCUCGCUUUCCGCUUCCGGCGUGCGCCGGGCGCUCUCUGGUGGCGGUUUGGCGUUUUCCCGCCUUUUCCUCCCCCUCCUCCUCCCCUUCACCGACCAGGGAGGGAAAGGGAGCUGCGUGCGUUAGUUGAGGAUGGAGAAAGAGGCGGCGGCGUCUGGCGCCGGCCUACCUGGCGACGAGGGCGAAGAAGGCGAGAGGAGCGCGGAGGAGCCCGUGGUGUCGCUAGCCGAGGUGCUGGCCGAGAGCGAGGAGCUCGAGAAGGAGGCGCGCGCCGUGCUGGGCGGGAGCGACCACGAGCGCUGCAGCUACUCUCAGGUGAGCCCCGCGGGGGCGAGGAGAGAGGGGCGGGGCCCCGCCAGGUGGGGCUUCCCUUUGCGGCCCCUGAGGGGCUGGGGGGGGGAGGAGGGGCGGCUGAGGUGGUUGGGGGGCGAGGGGAAGCGGGGGCAGAAGGAAAGAGGAAUGCCCGCUCCUCUUUAUUUCGUUAGUCAUUAUUUGAAGUAACCCCGUUCCAUCAUCAUCAUCAUAUUAUUAUUAUUAUUAUUUAUUUUGUUGUUUAUACUCCGCCCAUCUGGCUGGGUUUUCCCAGCUACUCUGCUCAGCCUACUAAAGAUUCAUGGACUUUCCGCUCAAAUGAAUCCUAAAGUGGCUGACAAACAAUAAACAAGAGCCUCGCAAGUGCAACGUAAACCCUAUAAUGCAAUUUUUAAAAAACCAUCCGUAGAAACGCAUCCGCAGUGGUCAACAAGAUGGCAACGCGGCGGCCGAGCUCCAUUCAGCAGCGGCCGAACGUCUUGGUGUUUUUCUCUUCAGCUGACCUCGUGCUUUUGUUAGUUUUGCUUGUUCUUUUUAAAACCCUGUUUGGAAAGGUGGGUGGGAUAGGACUCUGUUAACAGAUGUGCUUGGAUUAUAAAGUCAAAGAGCGUAUAUGGAAAAGGUAGCUAGGCUUUUACACCCGAAAAAAGGUCUUGCGGAGCAAUAGUUUCUUGCAGGGCAACCAAUUGUGGGGGAUCUUUUCUCCAUACUUUGGUUUGUUCUUGUGGUCCCAUGGUGAUCAGACUUUAGUGUGGUUAAACGAAAUGAAGGGCAUGGAACAGUCACUGGAAUCUUACUAAUGUCUUCUAAAAGAUUACAGUAAAGGUAAAGGUACCCCUGCCCGACAGGGCCAGUCGUGACCGACUCUAGGGUUGCGCGCACAAAUGCCCCCUUUUGCCUGCUCCCUUUUUGCUACAAUUUUGACGUAACUCCAUUCUCACUGCUCUAGGAGUGUAUUCUGGCCAGUGAUGAUCAUUCUGAAGCUUGUUGAUCAUCUGGCUGCAUCUCUUGUUUUUCCUCAUAUUGGCAUGCUCCUGGAAAAAAGCUAGGCAUCACAUAUCUUGGUAGUAUCUUGCCGUAACCUCAAGCCGUCUUGCAAUAGCUGAAGCAAGGAGGAGGGUGUGUGGGUGUCUUGGUAUGUUUGAAAAUAAACUGGGAUAGCUUUAGACUAAGGUUCAUGCCUGGCGUGCUCUGGUCCAUGGGGUCAUGAAGAGUCGGACACAGCUAAAAGAUUAAACAACAACAACAAGAAGGUUCAUAUACCUAAGGGGUACAGAAAUACACUGGACAGCGAUCCUCAUCUGUGCAUGGUACUCUUUAUAUACCUUGUUCAUUAGGGAAGAAAACCCUGAAAUAUCAAAAUACACUGCUUAUACAUUGCCUGUGAAACAAGGAAGAAUUGUGUAAAACAGCAGUGAAUGAUGGUUGCCUCCUACUGUUGCUUAGGCAAGGGCAAUUUUGUCCCUUUCUUCUUAUUUUGUCUGACUUCCCCCUCCCAUCAGUAGCUUGUUAUCUAGAUAAUGAAAAUAUGGGAUUAUUUGGAAGCUUAUUUAUACUGCAGUGCACUUAUACAACACCAUGUAACACCCUGGUCCUUUUGUUCCCUUUUCAGAAACAAACUUGGCAUGGAGUAUACAGCAUUUUCUGGCUGCCAGUUAUUUUAGCUGCCUAAGUGAAAUUUCUAAUGUGUUGUUGGCUGAAUCUGGAAUAAUCAGUCCUAAGUUGUAGGAUACAGCUGCUUGAGAACAUGGGAGCCGUUAUGGAAUCUCCUUUGAAAAUGAAAGCUGGAUUUGGUUUCUGUACACAGAAUUCAGUUUUGCUCAACUUCAAAUUCCCAGACUGGCAUUCCCUAACAUCUCCAUUUUUAUGCUGCUGUCUCUUUUCCAGGGAGCUGUAAAGAGGCAAGCCUUGUAUGCCUGCAGUACGUGCACGCCGCCAGGAGAAGAACCAGCAGGGAUCUGUCUAGCAUGCAGUUAUGAAUGUCAUGGCACCCACAAGUUAUUUGAGCUGUAUACGAAAAGGUAACAUUGAUUGAUUGAUUGAUUGAUUGAAUUUAUAUCCCACACCCUGAAGGAGCCCAGGGUGACAAACAGAUCUACAGUUUUAAAAACCAGAACAUUAUAAAUCAGUUUAAUUUUUUUAAAAAACAGUUACAGUUAAAACCUUCUAAAAUCAGUUAUUCCAUCCAGUGAUCUCAGGGUUGCCAGCAAUAGUAAUACCGAAAAUCAAAUUUGUUUCCUCUACUGUACAACAUUAAUGCAGCUAAACUAAAUGCAGGCUGCAUUUUAAUGUUUUAAUUAUUUUAAUCUUGUUUUCAAGUUGUAUUUCAAUCAACUUGUUUUUAUUAUUGGUUGUUAGCCGCCCUGAGCCCGGUCUUGGCUGGGGAGGGCAGGGUAUAAAUAAAAUUUAUUAUUAUUAUUAAACUAGAAUUGCCAUUUUGUUGCCACUGUAACUCUUUUAUACAAUCAGUGGUGGAGAGCAGGUGGGGGCAUGGCUGGGGCGUGUCCUGCCACCUGUGGGGGCAUGGCGCCCAGCACGGGUGGGGGGGCAGCUGCGAUGGCACCCCACCGGGAUCGUGCUGCCGGAGGCAGUACACUCCCCCCCACUCCUCUUCCUCUGCCAGUGUAUACAAGAAUGCUUUGAAACUCAGGAUUGUAACUGCGAGAAAAAUGUUAGUGAGGUUUAGCAGACAUAGAAAACUAUUGGAUAUGUUAGGUUUAAAAGAAAAACCUUUGGAUGCAGCUGUUUGUUUAUUAGCCUCCAAUGAGACAACCAAAAUAAGUAGUGCUAUGGGCUCACCAAAAUGACAUGUUCUUGUUCAUGAUAGUAUAAUAAUCAUCAAAUUUGUAAAUCAAAUGUCUGCUUUGAUAAAAACCUUUUUGGGUGUGGUUGAAUGAUCCUGGUCAGAAGUAGGGAUUUUUCAUCCAUUUAUUAAUACAGUUAACUUUCCUGAGAUAUAACUGAUGUUCCUAAAACUAAAAAAAGCCCUGUCGGAACUCUGGCUCUUUUUUUCCUCUUAGAAACUUCCGCUGUGAUUGUGGAAACAGCAAAUUCAAAAAUUUGCAAUGCAAACUAUUUCCAGUAAGUAUAAUUCUGUUUCCUUUUUGGAGUGUAAUUGUAGCUAAACUCUUGUUUCUUUAGUGUGAGAACUUUUACUUGUAAUUUCUUUUCUCCUCCCUCUCACAAACAUGCAUUUCAAAAGUGAGAUUGAAAUGAAAUUUGCAAAAUUCUUAAUAGCUGUUGGCCCAGGCUAGCUUUAUUUAGUGUCUAGUGACCUUCAUGGGUCAGUUCAUUGCAGAUGUGGACCCACAUCCAGAUGCCCCUUCACGUCUGGAUUGACUCUGCAUGGAAAUGCAGAUUUCAUUUGCUGGCUUAUAAAAAUGGUGUGUACUAGGGCUGUGCUAUAAAUCGCCAUAUUCUUGAAUACAGUGUAUUGAAAUAACAUUGUGAUAUGUGUUUCAACAAGGCAAUAUACUGGUGAACAAAAGGUGGAGACUUAACAGCUUCCCAGGGGGUAGCUCAGCUGAACAGAUACUUUACAGAUACUUUGCAGAUAAUUUGCUGGCACCAACUCUUCAGCUUUGUUUGCUCUCUCCCUUCUCCCUCCUGAAUGAUGAUAAGCCCUCACACAAACCAGCAAACUCUUUCAUCUUCACAGGUAUCUUUCCACUUAAAGGUAAAGGGACCUCUGACAAUUAAGUCUAGUUGCGAACAACUCUGGGGUUGCGGUGUUCAUCUUGCUUUACAGGCCGAAGGAGCCAGCGUUUGUCCGCUUCCACAGACAGUUUUUCUGGGUCAUGUGGCCAGCAUGACUAAGUCGCUUCUGGCGAAACCAGAGCAGUGCACGGAAACACCAUUUACCUUCCCGCAAGAGCGGUACCUAUUUAUCCUUGCACUGCGUGCUUUCGAAUUGCUAGGUUGGCAGGAGCUGGGACUGAACAAUGGGAGCUCACCCCGUCCCGGGGAUUCGAACUGCUGACAUUUCAAUCGGCAAGCCCAUGUGGCACAGUGGUUUAACCCACAGCUCCACCCGGGUCUUUCCACUUAGGGCUCAGCUAAUUAUGCAGAGCCUGCUAACAAUCUAGGAGGGACCACCUAUGGCUAGACAAUGAAGAUCCAGCAAUCAAAGAUCCAGCUGCAAAAUAAACAAAAGAAAGUAAACAAAACUAGAAAGCACAUCUUUCUUUCCUCACACUACCCCCCCCCCCGGAAGAGUUUUCAUUUUUAUUUUUUGGUGGUGUUUAUGUUGUUGGUUCCCCCUUAAAUAACUUUCCUCCAUAUCAAAAAGGAAGGGGUUUUUUUAUUUAAAGGAAACUGUCUUUUUGCUUGCUUGCCCUCCCUCCCAUUGAUAAAAAGAGAUUGGUGGGAUGAGAGCUUUUGAGGAUUUCCUUCUGUGUGGGGGGUGGGGAUGGAGGGGAGAAGAUUUAGCUGGCUGCCUUGUGCUGAAAUGGGAGAAUGAUGGGGAGGGUGUUUUUCAGUAACUAGUGCAAGCUCAUGUGUGUCUACUCACAAGUAAGUCCUACUGAAUUCAAUGAGGCUUACUCCCAGGAAAGUAGAAGUAAGUUCAGUUGAACUCUGUGGGGCUUACACAUGCAUAGAUUCCACUUAGACCUCUGAGUGGGGAAGCAGAUUCAACCUGAGUAGUAAAUCACUUGAAUUAGUUGAAAAUUAUAUGGAAGUGUAUUUAAUAUUUUUAUUAAAACUACUACUUCUUUACAUUUUAAGGCCCUCCACCGCAGCAGGGAGUCUCGUCAAGGCCCUUGGCUGCUGUGGGGAAGCGUGGCGCAGCCUCCGCUGCUGCAGGGAGGUUGGGCGGAACCAUUUUCCAGCAAGGUCCUCCACCAUAGCCAAUAUAUGUUGGGAUAUAUCGAGAUACAGUGAUAUUUAGCUGAUGAUAUAUUGUGAUGUUAAAAAUCAAAUAUCGCCCAUCCCUAGUGUGUACACUGUUGUCUGUAAACAUGAUAUUAAUGUGCUUUUUAUUAACCUGCUGGACUCUAGUACUUGGAGAAAUAUGAGUGUGCUUUUUAAUGUAGGACACAGCUUGCAAUCCAGAGAUGGCAUCUGAGUCAGAUGGGCACAUUGAGUCUCCAUUAACUUCAAUUGAGGGAACUCUAUUCUUUUUCUUUUAUUUGACUCUGCCUUCAAGGUCUUCUGAUUACCUCAAUUUCUUUCCCUUCCAAAAUCUCAAAGGUUUAUAGAGUAUAUAAAUUUUUCAGGCUUGAAGUGAGAUUCAAUAAGGGACAUGUGAUAUGCAUUUAAUAUGCCUGGACAUAAUAGCAAAGUUUCGCUUUCUGGGAUGGCUAAAAGUAAGAUACACACCAUGAUUUUACGGUUUUUAUUUCUAGAAUAUUUGUUUUCCUCUUGUAUUUUGUUUAAGACAUAUGUCCUAACUUAUUUCUAGGAGAAGGCAAUGGUGAAUCCAGCAAAUAAAUAUAACGAUAACUUCUUUGGAUUAUAUUGUGUUUGUAAAAGACCUUACCCAGAUCCUGAUGAUGAGGUAAGAUGCUGACGUCUUGUACAUGCAAAUAUUUUUAUAUGCGUGCAGUUCUAGUAAGUUUUAGUAACUUUACUAUGUUUUAAAAUAAGCAAAAAGAGAUGUCUGUCAGAGGUAGUUGGUGGAAAAUAAAGCUCCGCAAUAUGUACAGUGCUACUGAUCAUGUGCCAUGACGCAAGAAAUUGCACAAACUGGCAACAUCAGGGUAUUUUUUAUGCAGGGAAUUUCAUCAUGUUCUCUAGGCUUACCCAGUGCCAAAUUGACUUUUCAUAAUGUUGGAACUUGGAGCCAUCCAUUAUAGCUAAAUGUUGGAAGAUUGAAAACAGACAGAAUACGUAUUACUCACAUGGUGUUUAGUUAAAUUAUGGAGUUCACUACAGUGGUACCUCGGGUUAAGAACUUAAUUCGUUCUGGAGGUCCGUUCUUAACCUGAAACUGUUCUUAACCUGACAUACCACUUUCGCUAAUGCGGCCUUCUGCUGCCGCUGUGCUGCCACUGCGCGAUUUCUGUUCUCACCCUGAAGCAAAGUUCUUAAACCGAGGUACUAUUUCUGGGUUAGUGGAGCCUGUAACCUGAAGCGUCUGUAACCCGAGGUACCACUGUAUUAGAAAAUGUAGUGAUGGUAGUGUCCCCUAAGGUAAUUGGGACCCUAACAAUUUAAGGCUUUAAAAGUUAUAACCAUGGAAAUGAAUCUGCAGGCAGGGCAGAUGUUUUAAUAUAGGUGAUUGAGGAGAUUGCUAUCUCAAGCUUCUCAAUAAGCAAAUUACAGCACCAUUUUGCACUCGUUGAACCAUCUUCAAAGGUAGCCUGACGAAGAUAAUUUUGUAAUAUUUUGGCUCUAUUUUUAGAUUCCAGAUGAAAUGAUCCAGUGCAUAGUUUGUGAAGACUGGUUUCAUGGAAGGGUAAGCCCGUGUAAUAAAAUCACUUCAUUAAAUGGAAAGGGUUGGAAAUGUUAAAGUGAUAAAUUUAACCUGUCAGACCAGAUUUUGUAACUUGGAUAGGGCUCGCUUCCUCAGCCUCCUUAAUUCAAAAUAAUUGCAUAGAUCCCUCAAGCAAUACUCUGGAAUAAUUGAGUUUAUGUUGCAAACCUAUACACUUAAAACUGUUUACAGUUGGAUAGUUAAAUCUCCUCCUUAUUGGAAUAGGCAAUGUUUAGAAGAAGUUUAGGCAUUACAUGUUCUAGUAAGGAUGAAAGAUUGUAAAAUAAUGUUAACCCUUCAUUUACACAAAUGCCUGCGUCACACUGUAUGCCAUGGGCAGAGGUAAGAUUAGGGGUGCUCUCUACAUUCAAUAUGAAGGAAUAUUUUAUUCCCAAUUUCUAAUUAGAUUGCUGAAUUUCUGGAUUCUAAGCUAAGCUCUUCUUUCUCCCCCAUCCCUCCCAGGGGAAAAUUAGGAAUGGAUUUUUGUGUGAAAGGACUCUGAACUCAGUUGGUAUUAAAACAAAGUCCUGAGCUGAACAUAACAUAAUAAUAAUUUAUUAUUUAUACCCCUGCCCAUCUGGCUGGGUUUCCCCAGCCACUCUGUGCUCAGAGACACCCUGUUACUUAAUUUGGAGUGCUACAACUCUCCUAACAGUUUGACUUCACCCCCAGAAGCGCACUCCUCCAUUCUUUUCUGAGACAGAUGAAUGCCACCAGUUCACUCCUAUGAACUAUUUUGUACCCAACUUCAUUUCUAAUAAAACACCAACUUCUAAAGAUUCCAUAAGUCUGGAGUCUGUUCGUACCUAGUUUAGAGUGUAAAGAAGAAAAAAGAUGUGUUCCAGUGCUUGAGGAUCACUGUUUCCCAUUUUGUUGAAGAAUAAUUUGUGUUUGUGUUUCCCGUGUGUUCUCAUUUCCACCUCCAGCAUCUUGGUGCAAUCCCUCCAGAUAGUGGGGACUUUCACGAAAUGGUGUGUCAGGCUUGCAUGGAUCGUUGCCCUUUCCUGUGGGCAUAUGCCUCAGAGAUAGCAGGUGAGAAGAAUAAAGGCAGCUGUUGUGCUAAUAUUUUUAACCUGGAGCAGCAGCUCAGCCUUGCUAAUGCAAGUUUUUGGAUUUAACCCAUCUUAGUUUCAUUAAAAUUACCACAACUUCGACUUGUUUAGGUUGCAGCAGUCUUAAUUUUGGCUGAUUGAAUUGUCCACUUGUGCUUUGAGAUUUCUUAAUGUUAGGCAUAGUGUAUUUGUAUCACCUGACCUUUUGUUGUGGGUAGCCAUUUUGAUAUUUAAUAAAAAUAAAAAUAAAUAAUUUUAUUAUUUAUACCCUGCCCAUCUGACUGGGUUUCCCUAGCCACUCUGGGCAGCUUACAUAAUAUAUAAAACAUAAUAAAGCAUGAAACAUUAAAAACUUCCAGAUACAGGGCUGCCUUCAGAAAUCUUCUAAAAGUUGUAUAGUUCUUUAUCUCCUUGACAUCUGACGGGAGGGUAUUCCAUGGGGAGGGUGCCACUACUGAGACAGAAAUAACGUUUCAGGUUUUUGAGAAUGAAAUAGCAUAUUGUAGCGCAAUAUUAGGUGUGGGUGUCUGUCUUUUGCAGUUCACACUGUGACCAAAGUUACUCCUGCAGCUGAAGAUCAAGUUGUGUUGAAUGUUGAAGAAACUGAAGAAAAAAGAAAAGAAAAUGGUAUAGAUAAUCAAAUAAAGACCGAAGAAGAAAAAGCAGCACACAAUAAUGAGCCAUCCACCAGCUCUGCCUCUGAGUGUUCUGAGGUAAGCUUUGCAUUUAUUCUUUUGUGGUUUAUGAUCAAAAUCUUUCUUUCGUUUGUGCUCAGAGCAAGAGAAUAAUUGUUAUUUAUUUAUUUAUUUUGUCUAGCUGGUUAUUACAAAGAUAAAAUAUAUAAAAUAGAAUAAAAACGGAAUAAAAUGCUUCACACAUUGACUUUCUGUUAAGGGACAGGUCUUCCUACAGCUCUGAAAAAGUGGUCUGUUUUACCCUUACAAAGGCAAUUUUUAGGAGAAAAGUUUGUGUCAAAACUACGUGAGCAUGUAACUCUUUGUGAAGCAUGUAAAUUCAUGUAAUUCAGCUAAUUACCUGCCAGACAAACACACCAUUUUGUGUGUAUGAGCACCCUAGUGUCCAAGCCAUCCGGGAACUGCCUGACACCAGUAGCUACAUGUGCAACUGGGCAAUGUAACAGGAACCCCAGACUCAAAAUAAUUAUAUGUUGUAUCCAGUGUUUGUAGACCCACUGAAAUUGAUGGAAGUAACUAACAUGGAUCUGUUAAUUUUAAUGGGUCUUUUCUGAGUAGAACAUAGUUGGAUACCUUCACAAGUGGGUCUGAAAUGAACAGAAAGAUUCAUGUCAAAUGUGCCUGUAGAGUCAGAAAGCAAGUAUUAGAAGGAUUAUUUCCGGUGCUACAGUGUUUGUGCAUUUUUUGGCUGAGAAAACGAGAACUGUGAGCUCCUCUUUUUGCAGGAUUUAUCCAAAUGAGGUUUUUUUCAAUACAAUGUCUAGGAAGAACGUGAAGGCUAAUGUAUUUUGGGAACCUCAGGAGGAAUAAAUGGAGUUAGCCUUGGUGAGGUAUUUGCUAUUCUGCUUGUUUUCCUGGUUCCCUAGACUUCAAUUCAAGUCUGAGCCUCAUGUGCAUAUUCCAUUUUUUAGUUACGGCAUUACUAUCGUCUUACUGCUACCAGAUCGCAGUUUUGUAAUAACUUUGCAGAAAGCUAAGAAGUGCACAGGCUAGAAUGAGCACCACCUAUGGAUAUGGAAGAGAAACUGACCUUUCAUUUUGCAGCAGACAGUUAAGAAAGAAGAAUCCACCUGCAGAUUCCAAGAACUUAAAGCCAAGCAGUAUGUACAGAAGAACAGGGCCACCUUUUGGCCACACAACUGGCGAAGCAAGUUGUGCACCUGCAAAGAAUGUAUGGUAUGUAUUUUUGAAAAUCUCCAAUUUUCAUGUUUGCUUUAGAACUAUCUAGAAUGCAGUUCACCUAUGAACUUGCAAGUGGCUGAAUAAAAAUGGAAGGAGUGGGAAAGCGUAUACCUGCGAGACUUAACCUGUUUUUGUCUGAAAAAAUAUAAUGAAUUUUAUUGGGCAGGUUACAAAAAAGAGUGAUGCUUGCUUGUAAUUUGUCUAUUCAUUUGAUUCACAAUUGGAGUCUCUUUUCUAGUCAUCAAAUUUCAAAGCUCUAUGCAUACAUUGGGGAAGAGGAAGUAGAAGAGAAAUGUCCCAUUUUUGCUUUUCCUCUUCUACCGCUGUUCUUGCCCUUUAAUUCUUAAUCCUGUGUUGGAUAUGUUUGCUGGCUUUGCAAAAGAUAUGUUUGCUGGCCUUGUAUCCCAUUACCUAGGUUUCCUUGCCUGGCUCCAUUUGUCACUUCCACCUUUUGUUGGCUUGCGUUGAAAUUUGCAGGCUCCAGCUGCACAUUGUUACCUCUUCCUUUGAGGUAUUUGGAAAUAUUUAAGGCGGUAGUCAAAUAAGUUUGAGCAUAACUAAUUUACUAAGUGUAUAUUAUUGAUAGAUUGCAUUUGUACACCAGAGGCUCCCAGAGUGGCUUGCAUAAACGGGUCAGGAAGGGAAGAGUAAAACAAAUGGAGCUGGACUGUCAUAGCAGAGGUGAUAGAGUGAGCCCCGCUUCCUAUGUAUCCCAUUCAUAGAAUGGGUGCCCUGAGGUGCCAGUUGAGGGAGAAGAGGCCAUGGUGAUCAAUUCAGUUCUGUAUUUAAAAUAAACUUUUGUUUUUCAGAAAAUGUAUUGUGACCUGGAAGUCCCAUUUCUAACAGAGGAAUGUGAUACAGUCUUAGCCUAUGAGAAUAAAGGGACAAGUGACCAGGAAGCAGACAGAAGAGAUCCUCUAAUGGACACACUUAGCAGCAUGAAUAGAGUCCAGCAGGUGGAGCUAAUCAGUGGUAAGUGAUGGAGCUUUUAUACUUUUUACCCAGCUGGUGGGAGGGCACCAGGUUGGGGAAUGCUUAGGCAGAAUGUUGUGCAGAAUGCAGCAGCUUGGUUUCAGACUGCUGGUCAUAGAAUCAUAGUGUUGAAGGGAGCCCCAGGGUCAUCUAGUCCAACCUCAUUCAAUACUGGAAUCUCAGCUGAAGCAUCCAUGACAGAUGACCAUCCAACCUCUGCUUAAAAACCUCUAAGGAAGGAGAAUCCACCACUUUUUGAGGUAGUCUGUUCCACUGCUGAACAGCUCUUAACGUCAGAACGUUCUUCCUGAUGUUGAGUUGGAAUCUUCUUUAUUUUAACUUGAAUCCAUGGUUCAAAUCCUACCCUCUGCAGCAGGAGAAAGGAAACUUGCUCCAUCAUAAGGCUUGGUAUUCCAGACCCUUGAUCAUCUUGCUUGCCCUUCUCUGCACAUGUUCCAUCUUGUCAAUAUCCUCCUUAAAUUGUGGUGCACAGAACACAGUACUCUGUGUAGUCUGGCCAAUGCUCAGUAGAUUGGUACUGUUACUUCCCUUGAAUGGAAAAUCCAUGCUAAACUAAGUUGAUAUGUUGAGCAAAAAAGCAGACCAGAGGAGCAGGGAGGUAGAGGAGCAGUAUGAGUCUUGGACCAUAUUUGGUUGCAAUUAGUCAGCUAAAUGGAAGAAAAACAAUCCAUUAAGUAAAUUCAUAACUACAGUAACACAGUAUUUUUUUUAAAUCCAGAAUACAAUGACUUGAAAACAGAACUGACAGACUAUUUGAGAAGAUUUGCGAAUGACGGAACAGUAAGUAUAUAACUCCAUAGCGAUUCUCUUUUGUUGAUUUACAGAUUAAUCAUACUCGGUUGUAACAGGAUUGGAAGGUAAUAAUGCUUUUAGGCUUAGGUCCUCAGUUUCUCAGGUCACUCAUAAAGCUCACUGGUGACCUUGGGCCAUAUCUUCCUCAUAGAAUUGUUUUAAGGAUGUUAAUGGGACGUACGAGGAAUUUGUGUAUUAGCUAUCAUGAGCCCUUAGGAGGAAUUAAGCCAUUUUUCAGAACAGACUCUAAUUCAUUUUAAAGUGUAAUGUCUCAAAAUGACCUUUAGUAGUUUGACUUUCAAAACCUUGUUUAGCAUCCCAAAUAAAAUGCCUUGAUUUCUGCCCUAUUAGCGACCACCAUGCUUUUCAUCCAGGCCUUAACUUACAUUUAAAAUGUGUCAAUUCCAUUAUUUUCUUCCACCAACUUUUACUUGCCACCAGGUUGUUAAGAGAGAAGACAUUCAGCAGUUUUUUGAAGAAUUUCAGUCUCGGAAGAGGAGGAGAACAGACCGGAUGCAGUACUACUGUAGUUAGACUGGCCUGGAAAUCGAAGGACAAGUUUUUUGCUACCCCUUUUCAUUCUUCCCUCCCUUCUGAUUUAAUUCAAGUACCUGUUCAUCUUGGCUUUUGUCUUAUAAGGCAAUGCUUGCUGCUUUACAGCUUAAACAUGUGCUCUAAUUUCAUGGCAGCUGUGCUGAAAAUUAACAAGAUCAUGGUUUCAUAAAAAUGCCAAUUAAUUUGUGUUGAAGGAAUUGGGGAUGGGGUUAGUGUCCUAAGGUAUAUACUUAGAAAAAGAUUAACAAGCCUUCUAAACAGCUGUAGGUGAUGAAUCAUUCUUCAAUUGGUUAAAAGAAAAACCUAAAUCACUGACUGAAGUUUACAGAACAAUGUUUUUAAUCAGGGUACCCCUUUUUCAUGCAGAUGUUUUUAAAAUAAGAAUUCAUACCUGUUCAAUUUAAGUACACCCUCUUAUUAAUUUCUAGUACAAAUCAUGUUCUGUAGGCAUUUUGCUGGUUUAAGAGAGUGAAUACAGGAUUAGAAUGUGGAUUAAUGAACCUCUCAUUGAAUGAAGUAUAAAUUCUAGCUAAACUUUGAAAUGAACAGACUGACACAUGCAAAUUCCAGGUAAUAUUUCCUUGAUAACUCCUACUGUAUAGCAGCUUUUUACAAUGAAAUUACUGUAAAUGUUAAUUUCCUGCCCCCACAGAAUGUAAAUACAUUGGUUGCUGCAGGAUGCUACUAGGUAAUCAUUGUACUUUUUAGACUGCAAGGAAUCUCUGGCUUGGAAGCUUAUAUAAUGUAAUUGUUCUAGUUUGUAUAUGUUUCAGAGGGGUAGCCUACAAAGGUAUUUACCCACCUGUAAAAUAAUGAACUUGUGAUCUUUUUGUAAUAAUUUUAGAUAAUAAAACCAAGGCAAGAAUAUUGUAAAUAAUGUUAAAACCAAUGUUCAGAAGCAGUUUUCUUAUUAGUGCUCAACUUAAUGAUCUAAUUAUUCAAGCAAAUCUUAAAUGUGUGUAUUCAGAACCCUUAAAGCGAUGUCUUCUUCUGCCACCAUUUGGUUUUUUUAAUCUCAAUAAAGCAGUUGGUUGUCAUUAGUGAUGUUGCUAAAUUUUGGAAUGAUUGUGCCUGUUCAAAAACUUUUGCAAAUGUGGUUUACUCAGAGUUGCCUCAUUUUUGUUCCAGCAGCCCAAAGAGGAUAGUUCCUACUCAGUCUGGUUUGAAACAAGAUAAUGGUAGGCUUGCUCUAGAGAUUAUGGGCUCCUAGAGACAUAAUGCAAGAUUUGCUUAUGGCAGAGCAAGCAGGUGUUUGAUAGCUACGCUUCUAGUCUCAUCAAUGUUAGUAUGCUAUUACUGUAUCAGCUAGUUGAAUACCAACGUCACUUGUCUUUGCAUGUGGCUUGUGGCUUCCCUCACUUGGCUCUGCCACCCCCCCCCCCCCCAAUAGUAGCUGCUGCAGGAAGCAUGGCAGCUGCGGAGAAAAGGAUUAACCUUCCCUCCUUCCAAAUAUGUAGGCAACAACCUUCCAUGGAUACCUGUGAAGAUUCCCUUGCCCAAGCACGCUGUUGCAAUAUGUCUUAUGCUCAAAGAAGGGAGGCAACAGUGGGGUGGGGUAAUAUGCCCAUACUAGAGCAGUUUGCUUGGGGUGACUAGGCUGCAUUGUGAGAGAAUUUAAAGGAAUGUUAAGUAGGAGAAUGGGGUACAUGCUAGUGAUAGUGGAAUGGCUGUGGCCUUGCUCACUUUUAGAUGCAGCCUUGCCUUUCCACUGGCAUGUAACCAUAAUGUUUCCCAUGGACAGCACACACCCUUGUUUUUAUUAUUAUUAUUAUUAUUAAUAAUAAUAAUAAUAAUAAUUAAUAAUAAAAAUACCCCGCCUAUCUGGUUGGGCUUCCCCAGCCACUCUGGAUGGCUCCCAACAGAAUAUUAAUAAUAACUAGGGUGCCAGUGUGUUGUUUUGCAUAUUCCCUCAGCCAAAACUCAGGACUACAUGGGUAACUUGCACUGAAGUUGAUUUUAAUCUUGAAGCUGUUACACUACCUGUCUAUGAUGUGCUAAAUGAAAUAAAUAACUUCUGUUCAGCAAAGGGUCAUUGGAUGCACAUCUUUACCCAACCACAUUGCUGUAAACAAGGGAAGUAGUGCAAUACAUGAGUCAGAUCCAUCUAGUUUGACACCGAUUGUGGUUUUGCAUUUUAAAAAGCACUGUAGGAGGUAGUGAGGAAAUCGAUAUACUAAGUAUUUAAUACACAAUACUCACAGGGUUUGGGUUGGUUCAUGUGGGGAAGAGGUGGUCCUCAGCCACAUCAGGCUUUGCAGGUCAAAACCAGCAUUUUGGAAACUGAUACGCAACCAGUGUAGUUGUGCUAGAAUUGGUGUUAUAUGGACUGACUGUCCUACCCAGGUCAACAAUCUGGCUGCUGAAUUCUGCACCACCUGCAGGUAUUGAACCUUCAAAGGCCACCCCAUGUAUAGCACAUGUACAACUAGGUUACCAGAGCCUAGACAACAGAAGUAAGGCUGGGCCCACCAGAUGGAACUGACAGAAGGCAUUCCACUCUACCAGGGUUACUUGGGCCUUGAGCAACAGCAAUGAACCCAGAACUGCCCCCAAGCUACAUACUUGCUGCUUCAGAGGGGGUAUAACACCAUUCUUCCAGUCUUGGCUGGAUUAAGCUGCAGGUGGCUUUUACCUAGUCUUGUUACUGAGGCUGAAGACAGAGCCCAACAAAACUUUCAGUGUAGGUUAGCUAUGGCAUAUCCAACAGUAAUUGGGCUUAAGGAUAUUGUUAAACCAAUUGAUGUGGCCAUGCUAGUUCAUUAGUGGGGAAAAAAUCUAAGAGAUACAACAGAGUACAGAGAUACAAGAGGCUGCACAGAGUACAGCCUUAUUAGAAUCAAGUAAAAUGUAUCUGACUACGGAGCAAACUUUGGCAUAACCUGAAACCUGUGGGAUAACCAGCCUCAGAUAACC